UAGGAUAUUUUCAUGCUGUGUAUUUUUAGUGCUGUGACGUGUCGAGACACACUGUGUAUAUACGUUGUCAAUAUUUUUAUUUACAAAACCUCAAAAAUUUUAACCGUUAAAGAGUACAAUAAUAAAUAUACAAAAUUAAGGAGUGACAAACUGAAUCGAACAUUCUUUCGAAACUUACAUCGUGUUUUCUUCGUGAUGGGUAAGCGAAAGGCUACGAACAAUGCAAACAAUCCAAAUCAAGAUUUAUGUGAUUUUUUGAUGGAGCUGGCAGAUUAUGAACGUAAUGUUAGUAAGAAUGUUUACAAGUAUAAUGCAUAUCGCAAAGCUGCUGGGACAUUAGGCGCUCUAACAGAAAGAGUCAAGAGUGGAGAGGAGGCGAAAAAGCUACCUGGAAUAGGAGUAAAAAUUGCGAAGAAGAUAGAUGAGUUUCUUCAGACCGGGAAGCUGCAAAAGUUGGAAGAUAUCAAGAAGGAUGAAACCAAUGUUGCUAUUAACCUGUUGGCUCGAGUAUCUGGAAUAGGUCCUGCCAAGGCAAAGGAAUUAGUAGAGGCUGGUAUCAAGACUUUGGAAGAUCUCAAGAAGCACCAGGACAAACUCACACAUCAUCAGAAACUGGGAUUGAAGUAUUUUGGUGACUUUGAGAAGAAAAUACCUAGAGCAGAAAUUGCACAGAUAGAGAAGAUGCUAAAGGACAUUAUUAAAGAGCUAAAUAGUGCAUAUCUUGUAACUAUUUGUGGUAGUUACAGACGUGGCAAAGAGGAAAGUGGAGAUAUUGAUGUUCUAAUAACUCAUCCUAAUUACACAUCGAAAGCGAAAGAUGAGCAAAAGAGGGCUGUAUCAUUGAAAGCAAUUGUUGAAUGUCUUGAAAAGAAACGGUUGAUUACAGAUACGAUUUCUCUUGGAUCUGCUAAAUUCAUGGGAGUGUGUCGAUUACCAGGGGAUAAAAGCAAGCCUUUCAGACGAUUGGAUAUACGUCUUACGUUUUACGAUCAAUAUUAUUGCGCUAUUCUUUAUUUCACAGGAAGUGAUCUGUUCAAUAAAAAUAUGAGAGCGCACGCUUUGGAAAAGAAAUAUACUUUGAAUGAAUAUACAUUGAAGCGCCUUACAACUGAAGGUUGUCCAGGAGAAGCUGAAAAAAUUAGAUCUGAAGAAGAUAUUUUCAAAAUCCUAGGUUUAUCUUAUAAAGAUCCCAAAGACAGAAAUAUAUAAACGAUUCUUUUUAUAUUA